CCCAGAUCCCGGUCUGUCAGCAGUUACAUCAAGAGACUCGAUGAAAAAUGACAGAGGAGGCCAUAGUUAUAGCCAAGUGGGACUACACUGCCCAGCAGGACCAAGAACUUGACAUCCGUAAAAACGAGCGCCUUUGGCUCCUAGACGACUCCAAAACUUGGUGGAGGGUCCGUAACGGGUCCAACCAGACGGGCUACGUUCCCUCCAACUACGUGGAACGUAAGAACAGUCUGAAGAAAGCUUCGCUGGUGAAAAAUCUGAAAGACACUCUGGGUCUUGGAAAGACAAAGAGAAAGACAAGUGCACGUGAUACCUCUCCAACACCCAGCACAGACGCCGAGUACCCAACCAAUGGGAGCACAGGAGGCGUGGGCGGGGCAGAACGGAUCUACGACCUGAACAUUCCGGCGCUGGUGAAGUUCUCCUACGCGGCAGAGCGAGACGAUGAGCUGACGCUCAUUAAGGGGGCCAAGGUGGUCGUCAUGGAGAAAUGCAGCGACGGAUGGUGGAGAGGUAGCUACGCGGGCCGCGUCGGGUGGUUCCCGUCCAACUACGUCCAGGAAGAGACCGGUUUCGGGGACUCUGACAGAGGGUUUGGCGACACUAUGGGAAGUUUCCGGUCUCUGCAGGCGGGGCAGAGGUCCAUGGUGACCAACGGGCGCCCGGCGAUGCCAGUUCUCCACGUUGUUCAGACUCUGUACCCCUUUAGCUCGGUCACAGAAGAAGAGCUGAACUUUGAGAAAGGUGAGACGAUGGAGGUGUUGGAGAAGCCGGAGAACGACCCGGAGUGGUGGAGGUGUAAAAACAGCCGUGGCGUAGUCGGCCUCGUGCCCAAGAACUAUGUGAUGGUCCUCAGUGACGGCCCAGGGACCGAUUCGGGCCCUAGCUCGCCACACAUGAACUACAUGGGGCCCUCUCGUACCGGCAUGUUUGCUGGGAAGGAUUGGUAUUAUGGAAAUGUCACGAGACACCAAGCGGAGUGUGCGCUCAACGAACGAGGCGUGGAAGGAGAUUUUCUCAUACGAGACAGCGAGUCGUCGCCGAACGACUUCUCAGUGUCUCUGAAAGCAGAGGGGAAGAACAAGCACUUCAAGGUCCAGCUCACAGACGGGAUGUACUGUAUCGGCCAGCGGCGGUUUGGCAGUAUGGACGAAUUGGUGGAGCACUACAAAAAAGCGCCCAUUUUCACCAGCGAGCAGGGCGACAAGCUCUACCUUAUUAAGCCCCUCCCCUGAACGCUGCACUCCCUCACCGGAUGCUUCUUUCUUUCCUUUACCCGCCUUCCUCUCUUCUUUUUUUA